CCCUCAGUGUCGUAGGAUUCAUUGAUCAGUGUGGUGUGUUCGCAUUGUUGCUCUCGAGUUUUGGUGGUUUUUCGGUUGUAUUUGAUUAGUUUUGUAUUUAACGAAAUAAAGUGAAACUCUCGGGCUCAGUCCAGGGCCCUCCCCCUCCCUCGCGAAGGAAUAAACAAAAAUGCACCCAAGGAUAUACCUGUUUCUGGCGUUCGGAGGCGUUAUUUUAUCGGGAUGCAACGCUGCUGCAUCAGAGAAGGAUCAACAACAGCAGAGCAGCAAAGAAAGGUCGGCGGGGAGCGUGUCGUACAAUUCAUACCUAGACGACGACAUUUACUUGGAAGAUCAAGGGGAAUUCGAAGGAUCAGGUCGCGGGGGCGGUGAAGUUCGCGACGAUCUCGAAGCCUCCGGAAGUGGCCUCGGUCCUGACGAUGAGGAUGGUGAAGACGGCAGAUCAUUCAUCCCAACGAGAAAAGAAACAGUGCCAAAGAAGGUUGAAACAAAGGCCCCUUACAUCGAAGAUACCGUCGUCAAAACAAAUCAGCCUGUCAUUGAGACAGUAAACAAACCAGAUACCGGAGUUGAUGUGAAUGAGCCUGCGGGCGAAUACGACCACGACGAAGACACCGGAGACAGUAGCGGCCCUGACAUGAAUCCUAAGCAGGAAGACCGUGCAAGUUCCUUCUUUGCACAACCUGGCGUCUUGGCUGCUGUUAUCGGAGGCGCAGUUGUUGGACUACUUUGCGCAAUCUUAGUGGUAAUGUUCAUUGUAUACAGAAUGCGUAAGAAGGACGAAGGAUCUUACGCUCUGGAUGAACCGCGUCGAUCUCCCGCAGCCCAAGCAUAUCCAAAACCAGGAGCACCACACCAUAACCGAGAGUUUUAUGCUUAGAGCACUGGUUGUCUAGAAACUGAUUCAUACCCUUUACAGCCUCAAGAUAGAUACUGACUAAUUGGCAAUUACACUCGUCAGUACGUAAAACAAUCUUGACACUGUAUCAACAAAAAAUUCAUAAUUGGAAGUUCCAAACUAUUCCAAUGCUCGUUGAGACAGCGCGCUUAUGUUAGGGAUGGAGUUAAACAAUUAUAAAUUGAAAUCUUCUUUCAUUUAUGUAACUACUCCAAAAUUUUUGACGCCUAUUUGAACAAUAAUAGAUUCCUCUUGGCAAUGGCUACAUUCACGUACAAGCAGUGUUCAAUAGACUUGACACGAUAUACAAAUUCCUUCUUCAAGAGUAUCAAAUAUUGAAUUCACACGUAAAAAUGAUUUUCAUGCCUUUAAAAAAGAGUAUGUAGCCAUCGAAAAGAGCGUUCAAAGUUACGAAUUUGAGUCCAAAUUUAUUUGUUCAAAUAUUUAUGAAAUGAUUGGUCAAUUUUUACUAUGAGUAUUGCAAUGACUUUAAAGAAAUUGGCAUACAUAAUAUUUUUUUGUGCAAUUUGCUAUCGAAACACCAUGGCUAAAAGUAUGUAACCGCAGUUAAUAUUUCUAUUUUAUUUGAAUACGAAUCCAGAUUGGAGAAUGAAUGGAAUUUGUAUAUUUCAGUUUCAAGUAUUUUGCUGUAGAUACAAUACUUCAAUCAUCACAGUUAUAUACUGUCAGCUGCAUGAACAAAUUCUGCUGUAAAUCAAGAUGUAUAGAAUUUGGUUUUGUUACGUUCCCUAUAUUUUUAUGUAAUUUUCUCAUAAUGCAUACUCCGUAUCGAGCAAUUGAACUGCAUUCUUCGUAUGAUUAUGGUAUCAAAUAAUUUUUAUUAGUUUGCCUUUCAAUGCCAAACAAUGAUGUAGGAACAAAUUAAUCAGCGUAUGGUGACGAACAGAUUUUUAAGUAUCAAUCUUUUUUAUAAUUUGUACAUAAAUAAUCACAUAUGUCGUACAAGUAUACUGAUUGUCGUUUUAACAAUUCCAAAUCCAUCAUGCCAGACACAAAUUGAUCAAUUUUAAACUACCCCAGACGCGUUGAAAGUGUAUAAUUAAUGCAUACGUUAUUCGUUUCCCAAGAAGAUCAACCAAUCUACACAUUAUGUGGCGUACAUCUUGUACAACUCAUACCUUAGCUAUUUUUGACCAUGAGAUUAACCGUAAGAUCCAUUCUAAAUCGUUAGACAACUAAUUAUUGCAUUAGACAAUAUAAUAAAUAUUGAAGGUGAGCGAAUUUAACAGUGAUAAAUGAAGAUGUGUUUUGUCACAGUUCAUGCUGUCAUGUUACGUAAUGCAAGUGCUAUCAGUCAUAAAAUUCAGCUAAAUUCGCAUUCGGCUGUAGCCCGAUUUAUAAAAAUAUUUGCCAACCACCAGUAACAGCAAAACGUGUAGUACACAUAUAGAAAUUAAUAUAUAAAGAGAGAUGCAUUUAAUUAUUAUUGUCCAAUAGUGAAACGCAUGCGCGACUAACAAUGUCAAUGACGCAGUUCAGAGUCACCUACAUUUUAAUAUCUGUAUAAGACAUACAAUCUUAGAAGUGAAAAACGCUGAACUGAACCGUUGAUAGUACCUUAGCGUAACAGAACCAAAUAUACUUCUUAAAUUGUGUCUACCGCACAAGCGAAAACGUGACAGAUACUUUAGUAUUUACUAUGAAAACACUGUAAUGACCAAUGGAAUGUAAUCUCAUCAAAAGAAACAUGUGAAUGAAUAAAUCACAUGAAGAGCCACUUAGACUAGCUGGAAAAAUGGCAACCGACUAAACUUAUCUACUUUCCGACUCCUCUUCUGACAUUCGUACCUCUAAUAAAGUUAACCAACAACUGAAAUAAAUAAAGAACGAUAUGUUCGUUGAAGAAUGUUUAGAAUAUCUCGAAAUAUUUGUGAAUGUCCCGACGGGUCAGUACAAUCGAUAUAAAAAUAAGUAAUUACGAUUGUUUUGUGUUCGAAACUGGAUGAGAAAUGUUUUCCAAUCGAUGACUAAAAUAUUCAUGAUAAUUCAUAUGUAACAAGCAACCGUAAGACGCUCUAGACAAGCUAACUGCGCACAUAAUUAUAAUCAAGGAAAGAACACGUGUUGCCAUAAGUUUUAAUUAUGUUACAACUAUUAUUACUGUAUGUAAUUAAUUACUAAAAAUUUAUCAAGUAACUGAACUAUUUAUUGAUUUUAGGACUAACUAACUUGUACACACAUUUUUCCUUCUCAGUUCGGCUGCGAUGGCUACCAAUAUCGGUAGGACAUCGUUUUAUAUCUACGUAUAAUUAUUGUGUAAUAUUUAAUGUUAACACUUGAUCACCGAUAUUUGCUUGUGUUGAAUUUUUCUUCAUUCGGUGGUAAUAUAAAAAAUUUUUUUUUUUGUUUCGUAUUUAAAAAAUCUGACAUUCGGUUAGAAAAUAUGGAACUGAAAAAAUAUCAUGCCGAUACUGCCAUAUUACGUAAGGAAAGCAAUUUGGUACAAAGCCAGAAUUUCAUGAGGUUAUCGAAAUGACAUAUUUUAAUUUGGUUGACUGAAAGCAGAACAAAUUCAUCUUUAUCUUAUUUACCUUUAUUUUACAAGUGAAAAAUUAUGCUUACAUUCACUUGGCUAGGUACCAAAAUAUUGAUGGUUUAAGAAUUCUCAAAUUCAACAGUUUUUUAUUGUUAAAUGUCCAAUAUAAUAAUAAUAAUAAAUUAAUUAAUAAUAAAUAAAUAAUAAUAACUAAUAAUAAUGCGUAAUUAUAAAUAGCUGAAUAAUGUUAGAAAUGGCAAACAUAAUGUUACCUAUAUAACAUUUUUUUUUUGUUUAAUUCCGAAUCAACAAUAUUUGAAUCAAGCGAAAAUUUACUAAUAACCAGCUACAUAGUUUCGAAAUAAAAAUGUCAUGGUAGAAAUAGCUUUUCGUCGCAUUGAACAUUGCUAUCUCGACAAAAGCUAAUUGUAAACCUACUAUUUGAAAUCGUGCGAGUGUGUUCCUAUGAGUAAAUUUUUAUACUCCAACA